GCAAAAGCGAUCACAAUCCCGUGCGAGAUGCUAGUGCGUUAAAAGUGCGGUCCACUUUUACAGCCUUUUAUUGCCGAAUUACGCGACGGACGACGCUCAAACGCAUCGCAAAUAAUACGUGAAGGAUGUUGUGAUAUGUUGUGGGCAUUGUUAAAGUGUGUGGACGGUGUUUGAUCGCUUAAGGUAAAAGUUUGCAUGCCUGCGCGUGCACCUCGCAUUUUAUUUGUUGCAUUGUCUGCAACUUAUUCUUGCGCCAACUGUCUACAAAACUCGUUUAAAACUACUCGGGUAAUUCGUCUUUUUGUUUAUUAUUAAUAUAUAUCAAGCGGGCGGAGACGGUGUUGUCGCGAUGUCUCAAAACAACACCGGCCGCAUAUUGGAGGCAAUUGACCAGUUGCGGCGGCGUAAGGCCCGACCAGACAUCCAAAGAAUAUGCAACUACUUGUUCAGGAGGUUCGCCGUGAAUUCGGUGGAGGCGAAAAACGAUUUGCAGUGGUGCGUAGACAACAACGUGGUGCUGAAAGUGGAGUACAAGGGUAGCAUAAGUUACAGGAACGCUGCGAAAAAGUUGGCGCUGAGCAACAAACACCGCGACGGGCAAUCUAGCAACGUCGCUUCCGAUAUCAACAAAACCGUGAACAACAGGAAAUUCGCGCAACUUUUGACUAACGCGUUCGGGGAGCUAAUAGUGCAGGAACCGGACUAUUUGGAACUCGGGAUUCCGGCACACGAAAUCAUCGGGAACAUCCUAUCUAAGGACAGCGUGCGCUACACCAAAAAGUACAUCAGCAUUUUGAUCGAGAAGGAAGUGGAGCACGGGGGGCUCAUCAAAAUGAAAAACGGGAACUAUCUGAUGGGGCCCGUCAACUCCGAAGAUUUCAAAUUCGAGUCCAAUAAUUGGAAAACCGACGAAUCGUUCGUAAACUCAAGUCAGAGCGAUUUCAACGAUUCCAGUCCGCAAAAUGACGUUUACAACAUACCGCCGCAAUUUUACCAGCAGCUAAAACAAAAGAAAAAAUCUAUACCCCACAAAAUCCAGUACAAGAGCCACAAAAGUGUUGACGAUAGCAUGGAUUCGGACGAUAAAAGAAUCGACAGCGAAAAUUUGCGGGUGGGAGGAAGAAGAAAGAAAGUGAAAAAGGUGUUUGACCCGUCGGAUAAUCAUGUGCCCAAGAAAAGGGGCAGACCCGCUGGCUCUCUAAAUAAAUCCACAAUCGAAAAAAACAAAAUGCAGGAAGAGUUUAGUAGACCUGACUCGAGAACAUCGUCCAAUGGCAGAGAACAAGGCGGUGUUUGUUCUGUGUGCCAUAACCAGAAUAAAAGGGGGCCAAACGAUCGAAUGGUGGCCUGCAGAGAAUGCAGCAACAAAGCUCACUUCAGUUGUCUGAAUGGAGACGACAUGAUGUUAAGAAUGUACCCCGAUAACACGUGGCAAUGUCCACACUGCAAAACUUGCGUGGUUUGCGUCGAGACUUCAGAUGCAGGAUAUUUAAUUGUGUGUUCGGUGUGCGCAGACGCUUAUCACGGCAGCUGUCACCAACCAGCGGUCACGGAAAAAAUUAAGAACGGUCAAAGGUGGCUUUGCAUUAACUGUCAAAAACCUGACGAGUUGAUUAUUAGCGAUAUCGGGAAUCCCUUCCGACGUAAAUCAAACUCAAACGAUGACAAUGAUUCGAUGUCUGGCUCGGAAGAGUCCACUCCUUCUAACUAUAGGUCUCCGGUGGAGUCCCCCAGUCCUUCGGAGAGUCCCGAAAAGAGUCGGGAUUCUCCGGAAAACGGUUCGGAUUGUUCCGACGCCGAAGACCCGUCGAUUGAUCCCUCCAUUCCGGACGCGUCCAAUUGGACUUACGAGGAGGUUUACCAGUAUUUCGCGCAAUAUUUUCCGCGGGAGGCCAAAAUUUUCCGCGAGCAGGAAAUUGACGGACGGUCUUUGCUGCUUUUAAGACGGAUGGACGUUUUAACGCAACUCAAACUGAAGUUGGGACCCGCUUUAAAAAUUUAUAGACACGUUGUGAAAUUGCAGGUCCGUAGAGACGAUCCUAAAUUAUAUUGGCUUUAAAAUGCCGACGAUAUUAUUAAUUUUUUAGUAUUUAUUAAUUAGUUAAUGUAUAGAUAGUCGCGAUUCUAUGAGUAAAAAUGUAUUUCUAA